CCCCCCGCCUCCACCACCACCAUCCAUUGGGGUUGCAUUCAGCAAAGCGGCGGCCACCACGUGCAUCUUCUUCCGCGAGCUCCUCUCUUUCUCGAUCUUUCUCGUUCUUUCUCCGCCUCUCUCGACGUCUCUCGCCGUCUUCAGCGAUUGGCCCAGUGGCAGUGAGCAUCCAGGUCGAGGUUCAGUGAGCGUGAAGACGGUGCUUGUGUUGAUCGAGCGUGUUAGUUGUUACAUUUUGUGCGGCGAGGGAUGACUGCCGAGGCAGAUGCGAAGGUGGAGAAGGUGGAGGAGGCGGUGAUCGGCGGUGGCGCAGAAGCAGGGGACGACAUCUCCCCCAAACAGGACGGCGGAGUACGCAAGCUGAUCAAGCGUGCGGGCGAGGGCGAUGACACGCCACUGGCCGGAGACAAGGUGUGGGUUCACUACACGGGCACGUUGCUUGACGGAACCAAGUUCGACUCCAGUCGCGACCGAGGGGAGAAGUUCACCUUCGAGCUGGGCAAAGAGCAAGUGAUCAAGGCAUGGGACAUCGGCGUGGCGACGAUGAAGCGGGGGGAGUUGUGCCAGCUGACGUGCGCCGCCGAGUACGCGUACGGCGCCGUGGGCAGCCCCCCCAAGAUCCCCGCGAACUCCACGCUCAUCUUUGAGGUGGAGCUGUUUGACUGGAAGGGGGAGGACCUCACGGAAGAGGAGGAUGGAGGCAUCAUCCGGCGCAUCCAUUGCAAGGGGGAGGGCUACUCCAAGCCUAAUGAGGGCUCCACCGUAGAGGUGUCUCUGGAGGGCCGUGUGGGGAGCCGAGUGUUCGACGCACGCGACCUCUCGUUCACCCUGGGCGAUAGCGAGGAGUUCGGGGUGGUGCCGGGCGUGGAACGCGCGCUCGAGAAGAUGCUCAAGGGGGAAGUGUGCACCCUCACGCUGGCGCCCAAGUAUGCGUUUGGUCAGCAGGGAAAGGCAGAGUUUGAAAUCCCUCCAGACACCAACGUGGAAUACAAAGUGACUCUGAAGAGCUUUGAGAAGGCGAAGGAGUCCUGGGAGAUGGACACCAAGGAGAAGCUGGAGCAGGCCGGCCUCGUGAAGGAGAAGGGAACCCAGUACUUUAAGGCAGGGCGAUACAAGCAAGCGCUGGCGCAGUACAAGAAGAUUGUGUCGUGGCUGGAGAACGAGUACGGCCUGGAGGGCACCGACGAGACGGCCGCCAAGAGCCUCGUGCUGGCUGCGCACCUCAACCUCGCCAUGUGCCACCUCAAGCUGGCUGAGAGCCAGCAGGCGCUGGAGUGCUGCGACAAGGCCCUGGAGAAGGACCCGCGCAACGAGAAGGCGCUGUACCGUCGCGGCGAGGCGCACGCGGCACAGAGGGACUACGAGCUCGCGCGCGCCGACUUUGAGCGCGUGCUGGAGGUGAACCCGGCCAACGGGGCGGCGCGUGCGCACGUAGCGCAGUGCCAGCGAAGGCUGCGUGAGCAGCACGAGCGAGACAAGCGCGUCUACGCCAACAUGUUCAGCAAGUUCGCGCAGCACGACGCAAAGCAUGAGAAGAGUCCGGGCAAAGGAGACGAAGACGUCUUCAAGAAGGCGGCUCAAGAAGCAUCGGAGGAUGAACAAGUGGACAAAGAGGAAACGGACGAAGCUCCCGCUGCUCCCAUGGAAACGGAGGCGGCGACCGCGUGAGGCGGGGGGGGAGGAUGGUUGCGGAAGGCCCGGUCGAUUUGGGGCUUCCACCGUUGAUGGCGGUUUCUGUUCCAUCGCCACCGUCUUGGGAGCAGCAUCUUCACUCUCUCUCUUGAAGUCCCCUCCCGCUUUUCUCCGGUUUGAUUGCCAUGCGAUGAACACUCUUCGCAGGGCAGUAAUAUACACGUGGGCUACGCCACUUAGUGUGUUGGAUAAGUGUCGUGUUCCCCCCCUCCCCCCAUCGAGUCCGGUGUCUUCAGGAUUGGUUUCUGUGACGUCAUAUUCGAGGUGGGGGGGGGGGGGGGUCGUCCCCCUCCUCCCCCCAAAAGGAAUGUGUGACGUCAUACUGCGUGCUCGCCGCGGGUCCAGCAGAUGUGGAAAGUUCAUCGUCUCAUUACAGGAUGCCGAUAGCAAGAAAAUUAGAAUAUACUUUGUUAAUUAAAAAAAUAUGCAAAUCGCUGCACCCCUUGGUCAAAAUGAUCUGAUCCGGUUGUGUUAACGUUCCUAAAUUAAUUGGUAGUUUUUCUAAGUUUUGCUUUGUGCUUUCAUUUGCUUUGUUUUUAUAUGGUUUUUGUGUUCGGUUUUACAACUUAGAAGCAAGAUGCAUCUGAAACAACACCAAUCGGUCUCCAUUUUACCAUCCUUUGCGAUGCAACGUCCGAUCCACGACAAUGCAGCGGCGUAUUAAUUGCAGCCGCCGUAAAUAAUUGUCAAUUCACCGCUCAAAGUUCCGGCUCGCGACUCCCAAUUUGCAUCGUUCCCAUUCCGAGUUUAAAAUCUUCCUACGUACGCCUGGCCUGACAAACGAGCACGGAGCGGCUCCCAGCAUGCACUGCGUGUAUCCUGACGUAGCCAGGGUCACUGGGUUCCCACCUCCCGAACAGAAACAGCAAGGGGACUCCACCAUGGCCGGGAUGCCUCUAGAGGCCGCUAUACUGAUACGUCUUAAAGCAAUGGUUCUCAGCGUUUUUGGUAUGGCGCCAAAUCCCCCCCCCACCCAAUCAAAACCACUGAUUACGAUGAUCCCCGUCUCCCUGGUUACUAAGGUCUCAAUAAACAGACACCCCAUGUCCACUCCUGCA